AUGAGGAUACUCCUGCUCAAGGUCCUACAGAACUCCACAGCUAUGCCCUUCACAAGGAGGGGCAACACCUACAAAUGUUUCUACUGCCAGAAAAUCUUCCAUAAGGCCAGCGAUUUAAAAAAUCACACCAACACCCACGUAUACGUCGAACAGAAAGUUAGAACUGUCAAUCGUUGCGGAGAUGGUCUGAGAAGCUUUAUCAAACUAGAUGUUACUGAGUUAAAAUGCAAAACAUGCGACAGCAAAUUUAACUCACUAAGAAACUUCUUAACUCAUCUGAAUGAAGUUCACAACGAAGGACUGGAUAUGGAACCUUUAAAAUAUAUAGACAGCUAUAAAUUAUCUGACAGUGAAAUGAAAUGUCUCAUUUGCGACGAGAAUUUUCAAUAUUUCAAUCAGCUACGCCUGCAUACGUUGAGAAUGCACAAAGUGAGGCAGUUCAUGUGCGAGACCUGCGGCAUCAGCUACGCUACCAAAAAAAGUUUAGCCAAACAUCACCAAGGCGCUCACGAAACUAAUGAGAAAACAUACACCUGCAAGCAAUGCGGCAAGAACUUCCCGACUCCGCAUAAACGUGAUAAUCAUGAGAAGCGAAUACACGAUAUGAAAGCUAGCACAUGUGAUAUUUGUAACCAAAUCUUAGGCAGCGCGUUUAAAAAGGCAACCCACUUAGCCAACGUCCAUAAUGUUAGGCAGUCCGAAUUUAAAUGCGAAAGUUGUCCUAAAGUCUUCCUGCUUGCAAAUCAGCUAGAUAUCCACAAGAGGAGGAUACACAUGAAAGAAAAAACUAAAGUUUGCGACGUGUGCGGCGACAAAUUCUUUGAAAGAAGGCCCUGGUGUUACACACCAAGAUACACACGGGAGAGAAGCCAGAGCACAGACCAGGGCGCCCGCAAUCGGGAGGAAUUGACCAAACUGCUCGCCAUUGUGAUAGAAAACUCCACCGUCAUACCUUUCAAAUGGCAGGCCAACGGCUUCCUGUGCUUCUACUGUGGCUGCCCCUUCACCGACCCUUCGGCCCUCAAGCAUCACACCAAGACUGAACACGAGAACGCCAAACUCAAAACCAUCUUGAGAACCACUGUUGCGAAAAGCAGGAGCAUUAAACUCGACGUGUCGGAGCUAGCUUGCAAGAAAUGCAGCGAACCUAUGAGCAGCUUACAACAGUUCUUCAUCCAUAUCAAACAACACGGUUUUACUAUAGAUGAAGAGGCUUCACAUUGCUGCUAUCCAUUCAUUCUUACUGAUAACGAUAUGUCCUGUCUUGAAUGUGGGAUGUCUUUUAGAUUUUUCGGCCCACUUUUAAUUCACACACAUAAAUAUCAUACCAAAUCUGAGCCGUUCCUUUGUGAAAUAUGCGGGCAAGGAUUUAUAGCUAAAGCGAACGUGGAAAACCAUCGGAAAAUACACGACAAAACGUCCAACUGCAACUAUAAUUGCAAAGAGUGUGACGAAACAUUCUCUACACAGUACAAACUUACUUAUCACUUCCAAAAAGUCCACACUCCAGCCAAAUUCAAGUGUCCUAAAUGUCCGGAAGUUCUAGGCAGCAAAUACUUAAAGAAACAUCAUUUAGCUUUCGUACAUGAUGUGAAAAGCGCGCAGUUUAAAUGUGACGAGUGUCACAAGAUUUUCUCGUUGAAAAACAAGUUGCUUCGGCAUAAGUCCUGUGUGCAUUUGAAAGAAAAAAACAUUGCCUGCGAAAUUUGUGGGCAUAAAGUGUUCAGUAAAGAUCUUUUGAAGCGGCAUAUGGUGAAGCAUGAUGAUGCUAGACCGUUUGAGUGCGAUUUCUGCAAGAAAACAUUUCAAAGAAAGAAGACUUUGGAGUUUCACAGGAGGAUACAUACGAACGACAAGCGGUAUCAGUGCAAGGAGUGCGGGAGAUCGUUCGUGCAGUGGACCAGCCUCAAGCUGCAUAUGAGGGUGCAUCAUUCUAAUCCAAAGAAGCACGAUCUCCGCGUCCCAACGCAGAUCGAAUGGCAAAAGGCAGCCGCCCGUCGCUACGUCCAUUCCGUCCUGUCCCACUCCUCCCUCCUCCCCUUCCGUUGGCGCGGCAACCGCUACAUCUGCUUCUACUGCCACUACACCUUCACCGAGGCAACCAGCUUGAGGACACACACCAGAACUCACCAAAACCUGCCCAUCAUGAAGCAUUUAACACAAACUAGAGACUUCGCUCCCAUAAAAGUUGAUAUCGGAGAAACUUUAAAAUGUCUCAAGUGUAAACAUGAGGAACAUAGCUUGGAAGGGCUGAUUUUACAUUUAAAAGGCCAUAAAGUAAUAGGAGAUAUAGAGCAGGAGUGUUUCUUACCUUUCAAGCUAGCUGACAAUCAGAUAUCUUGCUUGAAAUGUGCUAAAUCCUAUCAGUCUUUCGGCAUGCUUUACUCCCAUAUGAAUAAAGUCCAUUUGGAAGGCACUAAGCGCAUUUGCGAGGCGUGCGGUGAAAGUUUUUUCUCAGAUUUCAGUUUAAGAAAGCAUGUGCAGUCGCAUCAUUCUAAUUCCAACUUCAAAUGCAGCCGUUGCAACGAGAAAUUUAAGUUAGACGCGAAUAGAAUUAGCCAUGAAUAUAAAGAGCAUAACAUUAAGUCUUUCAAAUGUUAUAAAUGCGAUGAAACGUUCGGUUCGCAUUAUUUAAGACGUCUUCACCUGCAUAGCACUCAUAUGAAGAUGGAAUUCACGUGCAAGGAGUGUUCUAAAACCUUUCUAAACAAGUCUUUACUCAAUCGACACGUGAAUAGGGUUCAUUUGAAGGAGAAGAACUUCACUUGCCCGGUGUGUGGCGACAAGUUCUUUGAUCUGGGAUCUUUGAACGCGCAUGCGAAGAGGCAUUUGGACAGCUCGCAGAAGAGUUUUCAAUGUAAGAUUUGCUUUUUGGUUUUCGGUGGGAAGAUGGAGCUGAAUGAUCAUAUGGUGACCCAUGCGGGGCAGUCGCUGUCAUUGAAGUAA